GCGUUAACGUGCAGCAAAUACUUCGAGUAAUAUGAAUUCCUGCGAGGCCGACUGUCUUUGAUAGUAUCUCAUCAAUGACACUGUGAAGGCGAAGACUAGCGAAGACGUUCCAUCUAUCAUGGCGGGGAAUGUUUUUGUUCCAUAAUAGACUGAUUCGUAAUUGCAGUCGGCUUAUCCAGUCGACCGGUUUCUAGCUCUGCGAGGCCUGUUCGACCUGUUUGAAGUUUAGCAAUCAUUCCGUGAUCAUGGAUACGCGUGGCAUCGAAGUCACGAAUCAACUCCGAAGCGCCAUUCGGGCAAAGCUUAUGGAGUUAGGAGUUCGCUAUGAUGAGGAAUUACCAGAUUAUAUAUUGGUAAUGGUAGUCAAUAAGAAAUCUCGUCAACAGAUGCAUGAUGAUCUAAAUUUAUUUCUGGAAGAUUGCACAACUAUAUUUGUGGAUUGGUUGCACGAUCAAGUGCUAAAAAAAUUACAGAAAGUCACAGUAGCGAAGAAGAAAUCAUCACGCGAUUUUGUACCUACAGUAGUUGUGAAGCAGGAAGAAGAGAGGAAGAAGAGAAAAAUAUCCGCGACCUCGUUUCUGGAGGAUCAAACAAUGGAGCUUUCUACCACUGAGAAAUCUUUGGAUAAAAAUGCAAAGAACGAUAAGCAACCAUCGGUACAAAAACCACAAACAUCUUCCAUACUGAAUCAAAAUUUAGAGCAGAAUCACAAUAAGAGUACAGAGAAAAUUGUCAAGAGUGUACAUAGCAGAAACAAAACAGAUGAGGCGCAUAGUGAAUCUCAUCAAGAAUCGGCCUCUUCGAAAAGGCCACAGAAGAGUUCUGCGCGCGACGAUAAUACGACGAAAGAAACUGCUAGUUCGGAAAAUUUCGUUGUAAAAAUCCCGGAUUUGCAUCGUGACCAAAGACUGAGUGAGGCGUCGGAUAAAAGUUUGAAGAGAACACUAGAGGCGUCGAGUAGUUGUCAGGACGGUACAGAGAAAAAGAACAAUGAAGCAAAACGGUCAAAACCGUCUGAAGAGGAAAAGGAAGAUGUAAUCGCGUCAUCUUCAGACACAGCUUCCAGGAAACUUAAAUCCUGCGUAAAUAAGCCAAAGAUCACUUCGGUCGUGUCAGUGAAGACUCGGCUCGGCCUGUCAUCACCGAGAAAAAAGUUUGAAAUUUACAGAGAGAAAGAAGAUAACAGUCGCCACCGUCUAUCGGAAAAGCGGUUUGAGAAACCGCAUCGUUACGAAGACAGCCGCAACAGAAAUAGGAAUUUCGAGAUGGACGAUCGAAACUCCAGACGGAACCGCGACGGCGACUCCUUGCGUCAUCACGAGACGAACAAAGUCAACGAUGUGAGAAGUCGAAUAGAGAGCAGCAAAAACGAAAGACUCGGCAAAACUAUAGAAUCUAGAGAGAGGAUCCAAAACUCCAGCUCGAAAACGGAUACUGCAAAGAAAUCCAUGUGCACUGUUAAGGAUCGUCUAGGUAUUACGGGUAUCAAUAACAAAGUGCAGAAGCAAUCUGUUAAAUUGCAGGAGACAGCAGAUUACAGACACAACCCAAAGAGUUCAGAACAAAUUGGCAACAAUAGUAAGAACAUCAAGGACAGAUUGGGCCCGUUGAGGAACAAUUUUAGGCCGGUGCAUAAGAGACAGCCUCGCAGUGGCGAAGAUAAUGAAUCUCUGAAUUUCGAGAAAGAGGAGAAAGAAGAAGAGGAGGAGGAGACUGAAUUGGACAACGACGAUCAAACGCUGGCGGGUCCUGUGAAAUCGCAUAUCGUCGCUGUCAACAGAUCUACAUUCUCGGUCGCCGGAAAGACCGACAAGAAACGUAUAAAAGCGUCGAGUGAGGUCCUCUUUAAUGCGACUCAACAUUCUGGCUACCCGGGAUAUGGAAGCGCUAAAUUGCAGUUGGAUAAGGACAGAAAUGAAUCUAGCGAUGUGGACGAGGACGUCGAAGACACGAGAUUGUCGAGCAAAGUGAUUGUCACGCCAAGACCUCUGAAACCGCUGCAACCAACGCAAAAACGCGCCACGCAGUCGCUUUUAUUGAGAGCGGUUGCGGAAGCGAAUCAAUCAGUCGUCACGCAAAAGAAUCCGGAGCCGUCUCUGGACAAGAAGCCGGUCUUAAAACGUCUUAAACCUGCUCCGGCUCGUGAUGUAAGUCAAAACUUGUCGGUACAUUUUAAUUCUAGUAAGAGACUGGUCAUGGAAAAGAUCCAAGUCGAAUUAAACACGGUAGAUAAUCUGGAUGCGGAAGAUAUCGAGCCCGAGUCUUAUGUACCACAAGCGGUAACAGACGAGCAUAUAGGAGUCGUAAUGUCGUUAUUCCAAAGGAGCGACGACAAUCAGAAAUUCUUAGUCACUCUGAAUGGAUACAACAAUAAUCUCACGAAGGAGAAGAUCGGCUCCGAGGACGACGAAGAGCAACUGGAAAUGGAGGUGAACGAGGACGACGAGCUUGCGCUAUUGACGACGCAUAACGAAACGUACGCGGCGCAGAACGAGCUGGAGACAGACGCGUUCAGAAUGAAGGCGGAUAGAAUGGAGGACGAUGUCGAGGCCAGUCCGAAGGAGACGAGCGGAGAGGAGAACAAUGAAAAUUGCAAUACGGAGAACGUGGAUAAGACUGAUGAAGUGCCGCGGAAGCGGAGAAAAUUGAGCCCCAUAGUAUACAACAGAUCUCAUUCCCCGAGUCCUGUGCGAUUGAAAUCCAGCGCGGUAUUGCCGACACUAACGAUCAAAUUUGCAGAUAAAAAACCGGUGGAAAGUACAGCCCCGGCCGUUGUAGACAAAUCCCGGGAGAAUUGUAGGUACUGGCCGAAUUGUACGCUGGGCAACAAAUGCGCGUACCUUCAUCCCCCUGUCAUGUGCAGUGCCUUUCCGGCAUGCAAGUACGGAGACAAGUGCGCCUACAAACAUCCCAAGUGCAAAUUCGGUUUGUCUUGCACAAAGUUAGGCUGCGUGUUCUCUCACCCCGCUCAGCAAUGUAAGUAUCAUCCCUUCUGCACCAAACCAGCGUGUCCGUACUCCCAUCCGGUCACUUCCAUUCCGACAACGGAGACGACGAGUCAGCGAACAAAGUUCACUUGGCGGCGGCGAGAUUGAGUAAACCGCCACGGAUAUAUAAACUUGAAUACAUCGUUUUAACUGAAUUGAAGUUCUGGUCUGCGAGAUGUUCCUUUGUAGACCGGCGACGUAUCUUUCGUGCGAAUGUUUAAAUAGCAUAAGUUGAAAUGAGAUCACCAUAGCGAAGUUGACUUCGCGAUUGAAAAAUGUGUUCAAGAAAAUAUAGAAAUAUUUGUUGCGAUUUAUUAUAUCGGCUUUCCUUUCUCAAUCAUUGUGUGCAACAUGAUGGAGAGGCUUUAAUUCCAAUAAUUUUAAACAAUUAAAGUUAAUCUAUCAAUUUCAGUUAAAUCAUUAAAAUUAAUUGUUGAAGCUCUUUAAUUUUUUAAUGUAGAAUGUUAUAAGUAAAGUCUCACUGAGGCAAUCUCAUUUCGAUUUAUGUGCAUCAUACAAUGAGCUGCGCAUUGUCAGAUGAAUAUGCUCAAGAAUGCAUCGUCAGUGCGCUUCUAGUAUUGUCCUAUAGUAUAUAAAUAUUAUCUACGUAAGAAACGGCCAGAAAAACGACAAUUAGAUCUGCUCCUUUCAAUCAUUCUUUCUGUGCUUUCACUUUCGCUGAAUCUUCCUUUCUCUUUCUUCCCUAAAGUUAACCAAAGCAUGUUGUUACUUUAGAUUAAACGAAAAAAAAAAAAAAAUAAUAUAUAUAUAUACAUAU